GCAUUGAACUAUCAAACUUUGUAGAAAACAAAUCCGGAAAGAUUUUUAAAUCCAACAGAUUCUGCAGAUUAAUAUAAUUUCCUGCCAAAAAUGUUUUCAAUAUUCUACAUCUUAGGUAUUGCUGUGAUACAUAUGUGUACGCUGUCAGCUGAAUCAAUCGAUCAAACACCGAAAAUAGUGGGUGGCAGUUCUGCUAGUGAAGGACAAUAUCCUUAUCAAGCAUCUCUUCGUUAUCAGAACCGUCAUUUUUGUGGUGGUUCUGUCAUAGACAAACGAUGGAUCCUUACAGCUUCUCAUUGUUUAACGGGUUUCAACGAUAAGGACAUUACCGUUGUGUUGGGCACAAACACUUUAGAUCGAGGUGGCGAUAUAUAUUCCGCAAUCAAGAGAGUGAUACAUCCCUAUUAUAACGUCGCUUUUAUCAGAAAUGACAUUGGAUUAAUUAAAGUAGAUAAGGAUAUCGUUUUUGGAGAUAAAGUGAAACCGAUUGCUUUGCCUACCAAAAACUUUAAUAAAUCCGAUUAUCCGGCGACGCUAUCUGGCUGGGGCACUACUAAUGGCGACUCUGGUGGUCCUCUGGUAGCCAAUGGUGAGCAGAUUGGCGUGGUCGUCCUGGGGGUGCCUUGCGCUAAAGGACGUCCAGAUGUAUUCACGCGAGUUUAUUUUUACGUGAAGUGGAUUCGAAAGUACCUCGAGGAAAAAGUUAUAACUCCGUAGCGAAGAUGCUUCAACACAAGAACAAUCAAAAGAUUUUUAAAACAACGAUAAAUGCAUCUUUUCUGCUAAGAAUUGAGUCUUACCUUGGCGAUCAGAAGCCAAUUGUCAAAUUAGUAUAAUAAUUUUAUUUUAAAUUGCAAAUUCAUAGGGUGUUUACUUGUGUUGAUUUGUAAUAUUCAUGAUUUUGUAAAAUAACAUUUGUGUAAUUUUGUUCGCGUAUGUAUAUCAUACAUAUGUAAUAAAUAAAUAGAUUUAAGCAAAGU